UUGCCAAACUUGUUCACCUGCUGCUUCUGCUAUAAGAGCCCUGCACCGCCGGCCUCAUCUUGGUCCCUUCUUCUUCCUCUUCUUCCCAUCGUCUCAAAAGUGGUGUACGCAAGAUCGAUCGUCGGUUCAUCCAUGGAGAGCACCGAGCUGAAAGUGGAGAUGGUGGCGCUGCAUGAGAAGAGGGUACGGAAAUGCCUGUCCAAAGUGAAAGGGGUGGAGAGGGUGGAGGUGGAGGGGAGCAUCCAGAAGGUAGUGGUGACCGGGUAUGCGAACCGGAACAAGAUCCUCAAGGCGCUCAGGAGGGUGGGGCUCAGGGUGGAGCUCUGGUCGCCGCGGAACGAGCUGCUCAGCGCUUACGCCGCCGGGAGCUUCGCCUUCAACAACUACGGCUUCUUCUGAUCUCAUCCGAUGAGAUGCAUGCUAGUUGCAUGAUGAUGUCGGCGACGUUGAACGACCAUGUAUAAACUGGAUCGAAUCUGGGAGCUUGCUUGGUGUUUCUUCUUUCUGUUUUUGCUUUAUUAUAUGCUUCGGAUGGUUUCUUCUUCCUCUCACGUGUAUAUAUAUGUCACAUUUUUUUUUCUACUUUGGGGGUGGUCAACCAGGCAUAUGUGUAAGAUGUCAUAAAAAAGAUGUCCUCAAGGCAUGGGAUUAAGUUUGGUGGCAAAGAUGCA